UGCAAAGGUGGGGAUUGAAAAUAUAUUUGCCUCGAAAGGGUUCAGGCCAAGGAUGUCGGGGAUAAAUGGCAUCACCAAUUCGCUCCUGUCCGCCACCAACGAGAACAACCUUCAGCUUGCAUCCUUGAAUUUCGACUUCACCCUCUUGAAGUUUGAGGCGCCCCCGGAGUAUCAGCGCCUAGGCUCGCUGUUAUCAGCCGACCGCAAGAAAGAUGCCGAAGAGGGGCCGGUGCACGUGACGGCGCGUCGGCUUGGGGCUUUGUUCGAGGAACUCGUUCCCCGAGCUCCAUUGCUGGUCAAGGCCUUUGGCACUCGCGUCUCCGAAGUGGUGGAGACUCCCGGUAUCAGCCCCCAAGGCUCUAUCCUGCACGGUCCCUUUGAGAGAUACGUGGGCGCUGAUGGCACGGCACUCUGGGCGGCAGCGACGUCCGGUUUUGCCUCUAUUGCCAUCUGUCUCCUGGCAUGUCUUCUGGCACGAACCUGGGACGCCAAACAUGCCACCGCGCUGUGGGUCGAGCUGGUGGACCAGCGGAAGCGUGAGAUUGAAAAAGCAUUCGAAGAGACGAGUCUGGUUUCGCCCGCCGCCCUCUUCAGCGCUCGCCAGGGCAUCUCGCGAUAUGAACUAGCCCAAUGGGAUAACAGUGCGCGGUCGUGGUUGCGGAGUGCGGAUAAAGCGAAAGCCUUCGAGGUCACGCAGUUCAGUCUGAUUCAACGCAACAUCGACCUUCCAUUACCCUCCCACUCGACGACCUAUGUGAACAUCGUACAUGUCUGGAAGCAAGCCAUGCAGGGCCUGGAGGCACUUCUAUCAGGGACGCCCUUGCUAGUCAGCGACGGCACGUUCCUUCUUGCGUUCUCGUCCUGGCACUUGUUUCCCGACCUGAUUGUCCUCGGACAGGAGACGAAGAACGCCUCUUUCCGCGACAAGCUAUUCCCCCCGGGCGGCAAGGCAACGAUUGGCGCUGAACCCACGUCGGCAAGAAGCCCUUUUGGCGGGUUGCAAUGGUCACUGGCUUUCUCCCAUCUCAAGUUCUACGGAGAUCCGGUUUUGGCCCGGAAUGACCGUGACUUCACCCGAGUCACGUUUCACGAGCUGAGGCUGGUCGUGCUGGGGAGCCUUCUCAAUUCAUGGCGGGUCAGCGUCCGAGAUCAUCCGUCCAUCGCGCAAUGGUUCCUGGACAUCUGGUCGCUCUUGGGCACGGUCCCGAAUGCAAGGGAUAAUCUCCCAUGGAUGGAGCAUCUCGUCGAGGCGGCGCAGGCCCUGCUUAGUACUGAUGAUCGGGAAAAAGAGAAAAAUUCGCAGCUAGUCCAAUAUGGCCAGAGAAGAGGGAAAUCGUUCUUGGUGGACCGCUCCGACUCCGUCCUGGCCCCUUUCUUUGGCCUAGGGAACCCACUAACAGCCAAAGCUCUAUCCGAACGAACAGACAGGGACUGUGGAGUUGAGUAUCUUCGCUCUAUGGCGAGGGCCCUAGGCCUGAGAGAUUCUUCGACGCUUAUAUGUUACAAUCUCGCUAAGAGAAGAUCCAACGACGGGUCGAGUCCUACUUCUUAUGUUGAGAUCGCAACAGCUUUUCCAUGCAUGCAGGAAUCCCGAAAGCGGGGAGCGGAUGGCGAAGUGCUGAACUACCCUGCGCAUGCCCGGUGGUUAUUGGCAAGCAGCACAUCCCACUCUUCAGGCGAUUUCCUUGCUCAUGAAGCCAUGAUGUCCAAGGCUUGCGCAGCGAUAGGCGAGCGGUUUUCAUCGCUCGUCAGCAAGUUUGGGGUUGAGCUCAAUGAAAGGUUUAGCUGGACGGACCCGCCGGCUCCUUUCGGGCGCAAGGGGCAAACAUCCCAACACUCGUACCAUCUGGUUUUCGGCAAUCAGCGACUGGGCCUGUACACCGAGACCCCGAUGGACAACGACCUGCAACAAGUACAGCUCCAGGCGGAAGGUUUAGCAACUCAAAGCCCGAGCCCCCGAGUGGCGUUGCAGAAUUAUGCUCGGGCGAGUCUCUCGCCUGUGCUCCUUGCCGAUUACUUCGCUGCUCUAGUCGACAAAGGGACUCGAAAGCGGUUAAGCUCAUCUCGGGAUACCUUCGAGUUACGAUAUGAACGCCACGCUCCUGGGGUGCAGUUUUCAACGUCCCCGUGUAAGUUCCCUAUCAACCUCUGCAAGUCGUUGUUUGCUUUCAGCCUGGCAGCGGAUGUGUAUAAGAACAUCGAGGGGGCGACGAUCCCGCUGAAGGUUGUCAGCAAGCCCUUGUAUGAGUGCCUGUGGCUGCCGAGUCCCUUUUACCUGGAGUCUCAGGCCAAGGACCUCAGCGACGUUGACGUUCGGUUCAACUACAGCGAGCCUGCCUUCAUCCCUGCCCAGCCGCAGCCACUGGACCUGCCCCAGGCGUUCUCCUGCAUCGCACGGUUCGAGAGCGGAGCCUGCGACGUGGACCCAGCCGACCUGGAACCGGCACUCGCCCUAGCCUCCGGAGACUCGAUCUUCGUGGCCGCGGCGGUUCUCAGCGAUCCGUUCGACCGGCCCGAGCCACACCUCAUCCGACGGAUCGUGGGCAAUAUCGGACGGCCCGGGAUCAGCGUCCUCGUGGCCCCGCAAGACCCCAAGAUCCGCAAGCCCACCGAGUCGUUCAACAUCAUCGCACACGCCCCGUACGACUUUUGCCGGGAGGACAAUUUCCGGAGCACCUCGCUGCAUCUCUCCUUCACCGAGUGGACCUUCCCCCUGUAUGCCGAGGAUGAGCGGACCAUCGACCAGGAUGUUAUGAUGGUGGAAUCGGUGAUCUCUGUCCUCGACCGCGGGCGAUGGGUGGCCGACUUGGACAUUCGCGGCAUCGACUUUGAGGGCCUGCCGCGCAUCACCACGGCCCCGUGUCAGGGCCAUGGGCCGAUUGCCCCCUGCCCACACCAGGAUCACCUCCCUCCCGUCGCGGACGAUGUGGCUCAUCGUGAUUAUUUCUCCGUGGACAACUGGGAUGAGCUGCUCGAUGCCCCCGAGGGCUCGGGGAUCGUUCGUGCGCACGGGAACUGGGCGGCCCGCCUCGCGGCCGUGAGCAUUCUGUCCCAGCAGGGACAAGGCCACAGCAUCGGAGUCUUCGGUCCCGAGCGGGUCUGCUUCCAGUGCUACCAGGCGGAGCAGAGCCACAUGGAUGUGGAUGUGUUCGAGGAGCGUGAGGCACCGCUUCCGUCCUUUUGCAUCGAUUAGGGUUGAGCGGCUUGGCGGGGGCCCGUUCCAUGAGCCGUGCGUACAGGUAAGUGUAUAUGGCGAGACAUGAUACACGUCUAUGGAAGUAAGACAGAUCCCGAAAUACAGAGCGCAAUAUAUCUAUGCUCUCGCUCGGCGUUCUUCGUCGACGGUAGGUGUUUCUCCUUUACUUCGAGUCAUGCUAUCUCCCAAUUUGAGCUAGCCUAGGUGUAAAUUGUGAUUCUCGGCUGGUCGCCUUUCUGUCCGGUCGACUGGCCUCAAAGGGCCCACCGCCAAGGGCGUUACUGUACAUACAGGUGGAUUAGAC